AUGACGUUCUACAUUUUUCUAUUGGUUGCCUUGGCCAUAAAUGGACUGCAGGGUGACAAAAAUGUGACAAAAUCGACGACGACGAUGUUAACGACAACAUCAGUCGUUGGAAAUGUUUCCACGACGAUGUCAACGGGCAAUGGAACCGCGAUUGGACCCGUUGGGGAGAUGUGUAGCUGCCAAGUGCUGCCCCGCGGCUUCAAGAACCUGGCUUGUGCGUUGGGUUGGAUCUCGAAAGCCAAGAUUCUCUCGGUGAGAACAAUUGAUGAAGAGAAGAAACUAAAGGAGUAUACUCUGAAACAUUUACACGUUUAUAAGGGUGACAAGACUCUACCGAAGAAGUUGAUCGUUGAGAAUAGUGGAAAGGGAAAGAAUUGCUCUCUUCAUCUCACCAAAAAGGGCACCUAUCUGUUGAGUGGAUUUCUUGUGAAGAGCACAAAUGGCUCAAAUUCGAAGCUUGUGACAUCGACUUGUUUGUCCCUUGGAGGACUUUCACCCCGCUGGAAUAAGGUAUCUGCUAGAGACAAGAAAAUGCUUCAAACGUUGAAAUGUGCGCAUGUUUCGACGCCAUCCCUCACCACUCCGACUCUUCCCACUUCUCCUGUUUCGACGUCGAUCAAGCUGCCCAAUCUCACCACAAUCCGCGGACCGAUUUUGCCG